CAACUUCCAAGGCUAUAAAGACUAGAAAGACUAGAAUCGAGAGAUGCAGACGGUAUGAGUGACAUUCUAUCAUUCCCGCUCCCCCCUCCUAGAACUCUAAAUCAACCGGAGAUCGUCGUUACGGAGAACAACAAUAGAAGUUCAUUCAAUCCCUCAGAACCUCCAAAGCUACCUUUGCCGCCUACGCCAGCCAGAUCACCAUCUAUUCACUCUUCUGCAUCCUCUACAAAAUCUAAGAGAUCGAGUUAUUUUGAUAGUUACCCUGAGAGGAAAAGAUCUUCUGUUUUGAAUACGGACGUAGCAUCUCUUAGCUCAAUAAGUCUAAACUCUAAUAGACUAUCCAAACACCCAGAUGAAUGGAUAGAUUUGGAGAACUCCUUAUGGUCCGCACUAUCUGGUGAUAAUUUAGAAAGUCCGACGGCUAUUCUAAAAUCAUUAGAGAGUAAGAGCUCUCAGUUGACGCUAUCUAAUAAAAAUAAGCAUGACCUAUCACUUGGUUUAUCCGACACAACGACAACUAACAAACUACUCGACUUGGAGAGCAACUAUGAAUCAACUAAUGGUCAACCAUCUUCUCCAAAGUUGUCUGAACUCAUAUCGACCACUCGCAGACCACGCAAAAAAGCUGCACCACCUUCCUCUCAAAAUAGUUCCAGAGUUACCUCUAUCGAUAGUCUUCAACCGCUCAAAUUAUCAGUUACAAAGCGUAGAAGCUUACAGAAGAUGAACUCACGUGCUAGCUUUAGGGCUGACGAUGGUAGUGAAGAAAGUGAUUUAGAUGUCUCCGCAAGUUUGACAGACGUUGCUUCAAAGUAUGGCUUUUCAGCUUGUGCUGAUAAUGAGAAGCGCAACAGCGAGUACAGCAGAAGUGAUGAUCCAAGUGUUGACCCAAAUGACACCAUCGUUGCAUCCCCAGAGCAGAUUACUUCGUCGAUAUCCCCACCAACACCCUCACGCAGUAUUCGAAAAUGCAAAUCAACUGUAACUUUUUCACCUACUACCAAUGGAUGGAGUGAUGAUGAAGAUAGAGAUAGGCUAGGUCCACCACCUCCACCUUCCUCGAGAUUGAAAGCAAAAGCGAGCAAGAGAGCUCUUCGUGAGAGUAGGGAGAUGUCUCAACUGAGUAGAGCUGCAUCGAUUCUUCAAACAUCCAAGAAUUUACCAUCUCCAUUACUGAAACCAGUAGAUGCACGUAGACAAAUGAGUGAACCAUCAACUCCUAACUCAGCAUCUCCGAGGUCACCAAUGUCAUUCUCGACCUUGAGUGUUGCAAGUACAUCAAUUACAGAUUCAGAUAUUGGAAGGAUGCAAAGCAAGGAGAGUCUAGCAGAGAGUUAUAGUUCCACGAAGCCAUCCUUGGCAUCUACGAAGGUUGUCGUCAAUCAUCCAAUCCAUCACCACGAGUAUAGUAGUAGUGAUGAAGAGAGUGAGGAUGACAGUAGGUUACCUACGCCUAUACCGUACCAUAAAAGAAAUUCAACGCUUAAGCCAACCUUAUAUGACGAAUCUUUGACGCGUGUUAAACCGCAUCGAUUAUCAAACUAUGCAUCUCUUCAACUAUUAAAUGAUAGAAGAACGACAAUGAGUGGUCCAGUUAAUACUAACACUACUACUCCAAAAAAGAACACACCUAGGAGCAGCUUACCUAGUCGUCUAAACGUUGAUCAGGAUGAGACACCAAGGGCGAGGAAGAGCAGUGGACCGAUAAUUGGAAGAGCUUCAACCGGGCCAUCAAUGGGUGCAUCACCGAGGGCAUCUUUGGGUGCACCGAAGAGCGUACAAUCGGGCGUACCAUCGAGACGACCAUCGAAGUCACCAGUGAGAUCAUCAGUGGGACUGUCAACGCCAAAACGCGUAUCUGAUGGUACACCUGAUCUAUCCCAGAAAUCCUUUUCUGGAUCUAAAGGAACUCCAAGCAUUGUACGAACUCGCUCCUCAACAGUAGCUAACCAGACACAAUUACCCACACCCGCGAAACUGAAGAGCAGAAAAUCUGAACCUGAUUUACAUAAGCGUAAUAGGCACAGCCUAUCUAAUACGCAAAGAGCAACUGGAGUUAGCUUGAGUAAAAUCAAUGCUGGUGGUAUAACACGCGAAUACGAAAUCCCACCAGUGCCAUCACUACCGAAACUUCCUAAAGCAACAACAACAUCCUCUGCUUCGAAAUCAACGCCCUCGCUCUUGAAAUCACCGUCAACUUCAUUAUCGAAAGCACAGUUACUGAGAUCACCAUCUGGUUCUUCACUCAAACCAACAGCAAUACCAAAAUCAAAUAUACCUUCACCGAGUAUACCUAAGAAGUUAACGAAGAAACGGUAGAAGAGUUUUAUGAAUGUUUUUAUUUAUUUUUCUAGUUUUUUUUAUGAACAGUAACAAUAUUUGACAAUUGUUUAAGA